AACAGUGUAAUGUAAUGUAACCUCUAAAAACAGAAAAUGAAAGCAAGCAGAGGCAGCGCAAUGCAAGCCUCACAUCACAGAUUUCACAAGGAACCAACGCAUCACCAUCUUCAUCAUCAUCUUCUUCUUCUUCUUCUCUGAUCAAAGAUCAAAGAUCAAAGAUCAAAAUCAAGGGUGAUGACGUCCUCGAAGCAAGGGCAACAACAAUCCUGCUUCUUCUCUCUGCGCGCCUCUCUCCUCUUGCUCGCAAUCCUCACUCUUCUCUCCUUCACCUACCUCUCUCUCAAAUACUCCACCCCUCCACCCCAGGUUUCCAACCUCUCCGUCGCGCCGGAGGAGGGACAUGUGGCGGAAGACCUUUCCGACACCUACCACUCUCCGCGCGUCUUCAACCUCAACUAUGACGAGAUGGAGAAGAAUUUCAAGGUUUAUAUAUACCCCGAUGGGGAUCCCAAAACCUUCUACCAGACGCCGCGGAAGCUCACCGGAAAGUACGCCAGUGAGGGCUAUUUCUUCCAGAACAUCAGAGAGAGUCGCUUCCGCACGCAGAACCCCGAUCAGGCGCACCUCUUCUUCAUCCCCAUCUCCUGUCACAAGAUGCGUGGCAAGGGCACAUCGUAUGAGAAUAUGACGAUAAUUGUACAAAAUUAUGUGGAGGGCUUGAUAUCCAAAUAUCCUUAUUGGAACAGAACCUUGGGUGCUGAUCACUUUUUUGUCACUUGUCAUGAUGUUGGUGUGAGGGCUACGGAAGGACUUGAAUUUCUUGUAAAGAAUUCCAUUCGAGCAGUGUGCUCCCCCAGCUAUGAUGUUGGAUUCAUUCCACACAAGGAUGUCGCUCUCCCUCAAGUGCUACAGCCAUUUGCUCUUCCAGCUGGAGGGAAUGACACAGAAAACAGGACUACUCUUGGAUUCUGGGCUGGUCAUCGUAACUCUAAAAUUAGAGUUAUACUUGCACGUGUGUGGGAAAAUGACACAGAACUUGAUAUUUCUAACAACAGAAUUAGUAGGGCUACUGGGCAUCUAGUGUACCAGAAGAGAUUUUACAGGAGUAAGUUUUGUAUAUGUCCUGGUGGAUCACAGGUUAAUAGUGCUCGAAUAGCAGACUCUAUCCAUUAUGGGUGCAUCCCUGUGAUAUUGUCAAAUUACUAUGACCUUCCUUUUAAUGAUAUUCUUGACUGGAAUAAAUUUGCUGUUGUACUCAAGGAGAAAGAUGUAUACCAGCUUAAACAAAUCCUCAAAAAUAUAUCGUAUGAAGAGUUUGUGGCACUUCAUAAUAAUUUAGUAAAGGUUCAGAAACACUUCCAAUGGAAUUCACCCCCGAUCAGAUUUGAUGCUUUCCAUAUGGUUAUGUAUGACCUCUGGUUACGCCACCACACGAUCAAGUACUGAUAUUUAGACUCACUCUCAUGACACUCUUGUUUUGUAUACAAUUGACAGUUUUAGCAACCCAGAGCACUGUAAAUAGCCGAUUACAGUUGUAAUAUACAGCAGCUGGUUUUUCUAUAUUCUUGCACCCAUAACAUUUCAGUUAAUUUGUUAUUUGUUUGCGGUAAGGCUCUUUGUAAUAGUUGCUCAAAAUCCGAACUAGAACAUGGGUUAGUAAGUUGGUUUGGCUUUCAAUUAUAACAACUGACCCAUGAUAUUUAACUGAGCUAGAUUGGUUGAAUUUUUUUAGAAAAGAAAUGAAUUCAUUUAUUUUGAAAA